AACAACAUAAACUUCCUGUAGGGUGUCAGCUCGACGCGAAGUGUCUCUCAGGAAUUUAAAAGCUUAAAUACUCCACUUUUUCAUUCCCAACAUUUUGGCACGGUACCGGUACAAACAUGUCCAAGUCUUUGAAGAAGAUAGUGGAGGAGAGUCGGGACAAGAACGUCCCCGAGGUGGAGAUGUGCGACAGAGGCAUUUCAAACAUGCUGGACAUCCCGGGACUGUUCACUCUGUCCAACAUCACUCAGCUGGUCCUCAGCCACAACAAGCUCACAACGGUGCCUGCUAACAUCUCUGAGCUAAAGAACCUGGAGGUCCUUAACAUGUUCAACAACCAGAUUGAAGAGCUGCCAACUCAGAUCAGCAGUCUGCAGAAACUCAAACACCUCAACCUCGGUAUGAACCGUCUAUGUGGCCUUCCCAGAGGAUUUGGUUCUUUGCCAGCUCUGGAAGUGUUGGACCUCACCUAUAACAAUCUGAACCAGAACUCCCUGCCUGGAAACUUCUUCUACCUCACCACUCUUCGUGCGCUCUAUCUGAGUGACAAUGACUUCGAGGCCCUGCCUGCUGACAUUGGGAAGCUGACCAAGCUGCAAAUAUUGAGUCUGAGGGAUAAUGAUCUGAUCUCGCUGCCUAAGGAGAUUGGGGAGUUGGCUCAACUCAAAGAGCUUCACAUCCAGGGCAACAGACUGACUGUGCUGCCCCCUGAACUUGGUAAUCUGGAUCUGACUGGUCCUAAACAGGUUUUUAAAGCAGAGAAUAAUCCCUGGGUCACUCCCAUUGCAGACCAGUUCCAGCUGGGCGUCUCCCAUGUUUUUGAAUAUGUUCGCUCAGAGACCUACAAGUAUCUCUAUGGCAGACACAUGCAGGCCAACCCAGAGCCUCCAAAGAAGAGCAAUGAUAAGAGUAAGAAGAUCAGCCGCAAACCGCUCGCCGCCAAGAACAAAUGAAGAGAAAACAGAGGAUGGAGAUGAACGCUCGCUCAACCCGUCAAACACACUGCAUGUGCCUUUUUUCUUCUCUUUCUUUUUUAUAAACAUUUUGUAUUACAUUGAAAUGUAUGAAUUAUGUUUCUGAAUAUGUAAUGUUAAAUAAUACGUAUUGAACUGUAUUCCACUGUGCCUAAUAACCAUCUUCAAAUUAUCUUCAGAGCCACUCCACUCUGAAGUUACAGACUUAAUUUAAACCUUAAACAGGUUACAAGCCUUUAACUGUUAAACUAGUGUUCAGUUUUCGAAUAUAUGUUACAUUUUCCAAAACUCAAAUUUUAUGUUUUAUUUCUAAGUUUAUAAUGGGUGUGUAAUUUACUGCUUUAAGUGUGUCAUAUGACCACUUUUUUUCCUGUGCUUUUUUACAAGAUCUGAAAAAGGUUUUGACCUUCGUUCAGCUUUGUGAGGUCGUUCAGCCCUCUUCCUCUCAGUCACUACAUUUCAGCUUCAGAUCUUCAUUAGAAAUGCUGUUUUUG